GUGCCGAUCAUGCGCAUUGGGUGGACGGCCUGUGCUGAACCAUUGGGAGUUGUCAAAUUCUUCCCUAUCGGAGGUGAUUCAUAACUCAGAGAAACUCAGCCAAUUAACUUAAGAUCACAUGCCGAAACAAAUGAAUACUUCUGAACUGCGGCUCGCGAGCAGCUGGAUGAAUUGUUGGUUUCUAUUGUCCUUCCAACUCUUCGGCGCAUGCGCAAAUCAGUGUAAGCCUCCAACAAACAGCGAACCAAGGUACUUGAAGAACAACGUGAUGACGUUACUGCAGGGUCUUGGGGCAGAAGGUUGUAUUCGGACCUGCUUGCAAACACAAGGCUGCAGGAGCGUCAACCUCCACAUGAAGCGUGACAUAUGCGAACUGAACAGUGCUAACAAGAAUGACUUCCCAGAGGAUAUGGUUGAGAAGCCCGGGUUCGUGUAUAUUGCUAAUAGUCUGGUGCCAGCAAGGAUCCCAAUACGUUCCUGUGCAGUUUUGAAAAAACUAAAACCGACCUUAAAAAGCGGUUACUACUCUAUCGAAACAAAACGCAAGAAGCUCAGAGUGUACUGUGACAUGGAUAAGUUUGGUGGGGGAUGGACCCUUGUUGUCAGUAUCUCCGCCUCCGACAAUCUCCAUCUUAUGAGAGAGAAGAACUGCGCAGACUCGGACAUGUGUGUUCCUUUCCCUGGGAUCGAGGACAUCCCCGCCAGAAAGCACGAGGACGUGGACAUCCAGGAUAUCGCCUCAUUUGAUGAAGGGGUCAUUGCCGCUGAAGGCGUUUUUCGAGUGGAGACAACCUAUAGCCCGCAUUCCCCUACCAACAAGAAUGCUAGUAAUGUCUUCUAUAAGAUUCCAAGUGGUGGCCAAUACUUUGACUCGUACUGCCGAGCGGUUAAAGGUUCAGGUGUGAGGUGUCCACGAAUAAUUAUUUCGUAUCAUCACCCAUUCGUCUGGGAAUCAAGUCCUUGCACUGGGAUCGAGAAGGGCUACAGAAUAACGUUCAAGGAGCACACCAUGUUUGACGGAGCCGACGAUAGAGAAUGCGGCGAGUUCUGGAUGUCCUCCGCUUAUUCCGAAGAUCGAAUGCUUUACGGCCUGCCGUGGACGCCAAAUCAUACUGGGAUAUUACAAAAACGGCAGGGAUUUCUGUGGAUCAAGUAACUUGCGAAACACCGUAGAGUAAAACAUAGAAUAAGCUACAUA